CUUACUUCCAGGCUCCAAGAGCAAAGCAAGAAACCAGCAACUCACUCACCCUCAAGCAAUUAUGUCCCAGACAUGGCUCAUCCUAACAGUAAUCACCUGCUCAAUCCUCAUGCAGGCAUGCAAGCCAGUGACAUCUCUCUCCGAUAGAAUCGUGAGCUUGCCCGGUCAACCAAGCAUCAAUUUCAGCCACUAUUCAGGUUAUAUCACAGUGGGUGACUACCCACCAAGAGCUUUCUUUUACUACUUUGUGGAGGCAGAGACAAGCCCUGACUCUAAGCCUCUUGUUCUCUGGCUAACUGGAGGGCCUGGCUGUUCUUCUUUGGGGUAUGGAGCUUUCAUUGAGCAUGGCCCUUUCAAAGUGAAGGGAGUGGAUCUGGUAAAACGUGAUUACAGUUGGAACAAAGUGGCCAAUCUCCUAUACUUGGAGUCUCCAGCGGGAGUCGGCUUUUCUUACUCAACUAAUCAGUCAUUUUACAAGGGCAUUACUGACAAUAUAACAGCACAAGACAAUCUAGUGUUCCUGCAGCGCUGGUUCACCAAAUACCCGCAGUACGAAGGGAGAGACUUCUUCAUCACCGGGGAAAGUUAUGGAGGUCACUAUGUGCCAGAGCUUGCACGGCUCAUUGUCCAGUCCAAGGUGGAGAUAAAUUUAAAGGGCAUAGCGAUUGGUAAUCCUUUACUGGAUUAUGAGUUUGAUACGAACACCAUGACCACAUUUUACUGGUCCCACGGGAUGAUGUCAGACCAAACCGAGCUACUCUUUCAAAACGUCUGUAAUUACACUCGGCUUUUGCGUGAAAUCAGAUCGAGGAAUCUGACUUCCGAAUGUUUAGAGGUUCUGAAAGAGGCAGCAAAAGAACUUAAUGAUACCAACGCGAUCGAUAAGUACGACGUCCUCGCUGACAUCUGCCUAACGUCGGGGCAAUCCACAUUGAACAUUUUCUAUAAGAUGCUCACCACAGCGCAUUCAUUGUCAUCCUCCCUUGCAUCAGAAGACUUGAUCAACUAUCAAAACUUUUUGGAAACUAAAGAUCCCUGCGAAGAACAAGAUGUCAUCAAGUACUUUAACCGUAAAGACGUACAGGAUGCACUCCAUGCCAAGCUUGUUGGAGACAGACACUGGAACACGUGCAGCGAUGACGUCAAUAAAAACUACAGAUUUGAGGAUCUUUAUAUAAGUAUGAUCCCGGUCUUGGGAGAACUUGUCAAGUCUGGCCUCCGAGUCCUUGUUUACAGUGGGGAUCUAGAUGCAGUCGUCCCCUUCCUCGGAACUCGGACUAUGGUCGACGCCUUGGCAACCAAUGUGCUGAAACUGAACACGACUUUGUCCUACAGAGCUUGGUUCACUAGCAAGCAGGUUGCUGGAUACACGCAAGAGUACGGCAACUUGGCGUUCGCAAUCAUUAGAGGAGCUUCGCACACUGCGCCGGCCACGCAACCUGAGAGGUCUUUACAGCUCUUCACCUCAUUCCUGGAAGGGAAAUCACUGCCCACCAACCCAUGAGGUCCUCAGAGGCAUCUUCGAUGAAGAGCCUGAGAUUGAAUGGAUUAUCUAAUAUAAUAAAUGUAACGCGGUGCUCAGGGGUAGACAUACGAGGUCCUGACACGUGGUGCAGCAACUAAGCGACACUUGGCCCUUUUUUCUUAAACUUGAGCACUCGAUAAAAAGCGGAUGUGUAUUGUCCCUUCUAAGUAUCUAUAUCAUGGUUUGCUCCCUUCACGUU